AUGUGGAGGGCACCUGUCCUGAAUGAAGCGCCGUGGGGUGGCGGCUUGGACAACCCCGGGCGCGCGUCGGCCACAGGGUGCUCUAUGCGGUCGUGCGCUUCCCACGGCAGCAUCCUCGCCCUGGACGAGCAGGACAGGGCCGCAGGGCCGGAGGCAGGGUGCACGGCGCAGGGCUCGUCGCACGCGCACGAGCACAGCGCGGAAGAGCGCCCGACGAAGUCCGUGGACGGCAGCUUCAGCUUCGACGACGCCCACUCCGAGGGCUUCGAGUCCGCCCUGUGCGUGUCGCCCCAGGCGGCGGACGUGGCCCCCAACUGCCUGCACCAGGAGAGGCUGGCGGCCGGGUGCGACGAGCACGGCUGCGAGCACUACCGCCGGCGGUGCAAGCUGCGUUGCCCGGACUGCGACGAGCUCUUCUGGUGCCGUUUCUGCCACAACGCGGCCAAGAACGACGAGGAACCGGACGUGAGGAAGCGGCACACGCUCGACCGCCACCGCGUGCGCAGCGUCGAGUGCGCGCUCUGCGGGACCGAGCAGCCCGUCGGGACGUCGUGCCGCAGCUGCGGCGCCGCGUUCGGGCGCUACGCGUGCCUGAAGUGCAACUUUUUCGACGAUGACGUCUCGAAGGAGCAGUUCCACUGCGACAAGUGCGGCAUCUGCCGCGUGGGCGGCGCGGAGCACUUUUGGCACUGCGACCGGUGCGAGGCGUGCUUUGAGAAGAACGGGUGCGGGGAGCACAAGUGCGUGGAGUCGGCCACGAAGCAGGACUGCCCCGUGUGCCUCGAGUACCUCUUCGACAGCACGAAGAGCCUCCACGUGCUCGUGUGCGGCCACGUCAUGCACCGCGAGUGUUUCGACGCGUGCUGCGCGAGCAACAACUACCGGUGCCCGUGGUGCCAGCGCACGAUGUUCGUCGCGAACUGGGAGUUCACGCGGCAGCAGAUCGAGGCCACGCCGAUGCCGGAGGAGUACCGGAACACCACGUGUCAUGUGCUGUGCAACGACUGCGCGUGGCGCGGGCAGGUGGCGUGGCACGUGCUCGGCAUGGGCUGCGGGCACUGCGGGAGCUACAACACCGCGCGCAUCUAG